CACGACUUCAAACAGGGCCAGGGCGAGAAAUGGCGUCAAACCAAAAAGAGUCUUGCACUUUGUAUUAUGUAUUAUCAUUCACUGCUCGAGGGAUCGCUGAAGGCCCCUGUCAUCCGAUUACCCGUUAUCUAACCGAGGCGCCUGUGGACGUGGAUGAAGAAAGUUCAAUCCGUACUCUCAGCUCAACUCCUACGUAUUCUUGUUUAUUAUUACCCUGAAAGGGUUGCAGCACCUUUCACCAAUCCAUCAAUCUUGCUACCUGGUGCGUUCAUACUACGGUAGAAAAGAGUACAAUCAUGGACGAGGGAUCUCCCGGAUCUCCUACCCGGCCACGGGCGAGAGUAAGUAUAACCAAAAGGGUUAUCUACCGUAAAGAUAACACAGGCCAGAUACUGAUAGUGUGUUGACAGUCUGAAGUGCCACGACGGCCAGAUGAUAUGGGAGAGAGAGUUGCCUCACCUACCCGGAGCAUCCCAGGCGGUGGUCGCUCAGAAUUCGUCUCAUCCACAGAACAGCCUGGAUCAUCAGGUGCAGACACCGGCGUCCGAAGACGAAGCACAGCAACAUCCCGACGGGGGGGAGUACCCAGUCUCACCUCGCGCACCACACUUGCACAACGAACACAAGGACAAUUCACACUAGCCGGACCGGACGAGACACCACAGCUGCGACUUGCUCACGAACCCUUUGUGCACCCUGGAUAUGCAGAACUCAAUCCAGAGUACGAACAACCAGCCAACGCAAAGCCAGUAUGGAGUUUGGCGAAACCGCUCCCACGAGUCGUGCGGCCAGGCAUGGUUCCGACUAAAGAGGAACUGCUGCAAUCACGAGCGAACGCCGAGCUACCCGCAGAAAACUCGCAAAACCUGGGGUUAGACGUCGAUCCCAACGAUCUCGAAGCAGGCCGUAUCGAGAAGAGCGCCGAUCCACGCAAGAUCGCGGCGCAGGUGGAGGAUGCGCGACUGCAGCGAGAAAACAAUUUUGUCAAUAAGAUCCUGAACGGUGACACCACCUCCACCAGCCGGCGAAUGUCGCGUACCUCGUCCUCUCGUAUACGCCGUCCGUUGACCGUAGAACCCUCUGCGGGAGGACUGUCUCCGGUACAGGAAGAUCGGAAUUCGGCGCAGCCUGAAGCUACGGAGGAGCCGAAUAAUGAUGAACGCCUGCCGCCGUUGCCUGAGGAGCCCGAGCAUCACGUAGACGACGAACAUGAACCUAAGGAAGAGGAGGAAGUGGAAGGCUUCCCCUCGCUUGAUCACGCAGCUCUUCCGGACGAUCUGCACCCGCUUGUCCAGGAGCUUGUCGAGGAUGAGGUGCAUAACAACCACACGACCUGGUCUGUUAUUCGCACACACCACCGUGAGCCCCUGGCAGAGGCAUUAGGGGUGUUCGUUCAGCUCGUCGUUGGAUUCUCCGCUGACCUCUCUGUCACUCUGGCGGGCGCAGGAAAUCCCAAUACCACUGGCUGGGCCUGGGGAUUCGCUACUAUGAUGGCUAUCUAUAUUUCUGGUGGUAUAUCAGGUGCGCACCUCAACCCGACCAUCACCAUGAUGCUGUGGUUCUACCGCGGAUUCCCUAAGCGGAUGAUGCCAAGUUACUUCUUGGCCCAGUUUCUGGGCGCAUUUAUCGCUGCACUAUGUGUGUAUGGGUUGUAUUACUAUUCCAUCCAUCAUUAUCUCGCCACAAAUGGGCCAAUAGACAUCGUAAACAGCUUUGUCACCAGUCAGCGUGAAGACUGGAUUGGACCCGGAACUGCCUUCUUCAAUGAGUUUGUAGGAACGCUCUGUCUAACUGUGACCGUUCUCGCACUGGGUGAUGACCAGAACGCCCCGCCCGGCGCGGGUAUGAACUCGCUCAUCAUUGGGUUUGUCGUUGCCUGUCUCAGUAUGACAUUCUCAUACCAAACGGGCGCGGCGUUCAACCCAAGUCGAGACUUUGGCCCACGUCUAGCGCUGUUGGCAUUGGGGUAUGGAGGUGAUCUAUUCAGAAACCCAUAUUGGUUCUAUGGGCCCUGGGCUGGUUCCUUGACGGCGUCCUUUAUCGGUGCUUUCCUGUACGAUUUCAUGAUUUUCACCGGAGGAGAGUCACCGGUGAAUUAUCCGUGGGAGAGGACGCAGAGAGCGAUGCGGAAGAGCAAGGCAAAGUGGAAAAGGAGGUUGCAUAUGCAUUUGGGGAAAAAGGACAAGGAGUAUAUUGGAUAGAUUCAAGUGUAAUUGGCGCGUUUAUAGAUACCACUGGGUACGACCCUCCUGAAGUUACCAGAUACUGUUGUGCAGCUAGUCUUUGAGUUGAUUGCUGAAUUACCUAGAAUUGGUACCGCUCUUCCCUCUUAAGUAAAGACAUCAGUAACUGAGGU